UGAUGAGCAUCAUGCGGGCGAACCACGUCGCGUUCCCAAUAUCCCCUCGAAACUCGCCGCUGGCUGUUGCGCGCCUCAUCAACAAGGCCGGGGUUAGUCAUGUCCUCGUCGGUCGGGAGCAGGCCAUGCAGGACCUUGUCAAUGAAGCACUGGCCAUUCUGACCACCCGCUACCGACGCUCUCACCUGUGCCGCUCUUUGAAGACUUAUUCCUUCCUGAGACAGCUGGGAAGGUUGAGCCGCCCUCCUAUGUAUACAAAGGUCCUGAUGCUCUCGCGAUGGUUCUGCAUUCUUCCGGCUCCACUGCCUUCCCAAAGCCAAUCUUAUGGACGAACCACCGCUUCUGUCAACUGUGUCUACGUUGUCGGAUGUCACGUGUAGUAGAUAUGCGUACAUUGCGGCUAAAUGGACCCAUCUCCUCCUCCUCCUCCUCCUUGGUUCGGAGAACGGGACCU